GGUUGGCAGCUUCACUGCCAGCUGUUUCUGAUAACAUUGAAAUUCAAUAAAAUCGCCGCUUUAUUUUUGUGCAAUUUGUAGCCAGUCAAGUUCGGCGACUACACCAAAUAUGCAGCAGCCCACCAAAACAGAUUCACGUCGUCGUCUCAAUGCGGGGAUUUCACCGCCAGCAGCCUCUGGAGAAGGGGAAUAUAUCAAGGUGGUGGAGUCCACCUGCGAGACGGAUGGAUUUGUAAACGAACAGUGGACGGAACCGGCGAUCCGAGGUCCUAUCCCCUGGAAAACCAUUGCAAUCAUCCUCUUGCUUUUCAUCGGUGGGAUAAUCUGCAUUGCCUUCGCCAUUCUGAACUGGCUGACGGACACGAGCAGGGAGCGAUCGGAUCGCGUGUGGGCGUUGGGCAUUAUCGGGGCAUUGACCUUCAUCCCGGGCAGCUACUACGUGUACGUGCUUUUCAGCAUUCUGCUCAACCGAAACGGGUUCACCAUGGACCACAUCCGUAGACUCGGUUAAGAACGGAAGGAGACCACAUUCCAUUUUUCGUCAAAUAGGUUUUAUUGCGUUUACACUACAGUUAUUCACACAAUUCAUUGGCAUAAUUUCUUUAGCAACAAUAUUAAUUUGUAGUUCAUAAUGAUACAUGUGUAUUGCCCCGGUAAUUGUAUAAAAAUAUUUUGUAAAUACGAGUUUGUUAUCAAAAUGUAUAAUGCUUGGCGUGGCUUUUAGUGCGCGGAACAUUUGCUAUCUAUAUAAAUACACCACGGCGUAACGCUUGUUUAAAUAUGUA